AUGAAUGCAGGAAUGGGCAGGCAGGACAGGCACCAGCCCUUGCCACUGCAGAAAAGAUCAGGGAAGUGGGCAGACAGUGCAGCAGAACCAGGGGAGUCCCAGCUCAAGGCUGCCAGUCCUGCAGCUGACUAUGCCUGCUGGCAGAUGCCCCCCUCCAGUGGAGGAGGUGGCAACACACCUGUGGGCAGGCAGGGAUGCUGGUCUCAGCCUGGACCGCCUGGCUUGAAUCUUCACCUGGCCGAGAAGGUGGCCUCUGGGGGCCUCAGGCUCUUGCCAGGUUCCUGGAAGGAAAAACUGGGGAGGAGGACCCAUUUCCCUCCCCCUGGGAGCCUUGAGCUCCUGAGGGAAAGUGGGAUAAACGCAAAAGCCACUGGAGGGGAGACUCCAGGGCCUCUCUUGGGUGCCGGCUCCGUGCUCCUUCCUGACUUUGUUUCCCCAGAUGACAACCUGUCCGGCCUCAGCAGCAUGGAGGUGGACGACCGCAUCUCCUACCUGGAGCAGCGCCUCCAGCUGCAAGAGGACGAGAUCCAAGUACUGAAGGCAGCGCUGGCCGACGUCCUUCGACGCCUGAGCGCCUGCGAGGAGAACGGGCUCAACCUGUCAAAGAAGAGACCAGACAAAGUUUACCAGCUGCUGCGGGGGCUGCCCUCCAGGCCCAGCCUGAGCAAUGGGGUCGUCCCACACAGGAGAGGCUACGCCACCUCCCCCUCAUCCCCCAAGAGGGAGCUCCUACCUGGAAAAAGCGGGCACAGUAGCUGCCCCUCUCCGGAGCACCCCGCCUCGCUCAAGCGCGAGAGUCUCAAGGACCAGAGGAGCCGGACAACGUCCUCCAGCAGCUCCUGCAGUGGGCAACGCGAAGGCAAACCGAAAGAAGCCACCUUCAACGCUGAGGAUGGUUACGUAAAAAUGUUCCUGCGGGGGCGCCCCAUCCCCAUGUUUGUCCCUGAUGCCGUGGUUGCCACCUACAGCCUGGAUGCCAAGCUGGAGCUGCCGCACAAGAAGCUAAAACUGGACUGGGUAUAUGGGUAUCGGGGCCGGGACUGCCGGGCCAAUCUUUUCCUGCUGCCCACGGGAGAGAUUGUGUAUUUUGUGGCUGCUGUGGCAGUUCUCUACAAUGUGGAGGAGCAGCGGCAGCGCCACUACCUGGGCCACACCGACGAUAUCAAGUGCCUGGCUGUGCAUCCGGACAUGGUGACCAUAGCAACCGGACAGGUGGCCGGGACGUCAAAAGACGGCAAGGCGCUGCCUCCCCACGUGCGUAUCUGGGAUUCUGUGAGCCUGAACACGCUUCACGUCCUGGGACCGGGACCCUUUGACCGAGCCGUGACCUGCGUGGGAUUCUCCAAGUCUAAUGGGGGCGGCCUCCUGUGUGCCGUGGAUGACUCGAACGACCACGUGCUCUCCGUCUGGGAUUGGCAGAAGGAGCAGAAGUUGGCUGACGUGAAGUGUUCCAACGAGUCUGUUCUGGCCGCCACUUUCCACCCCACGGAGCCAACCCUCCUCAUCACUUGUGGAAAAUCCCACAUCCACUUCUGGACCCUGGAAGGAGGCAACCUCAGCAAAAGGCAGGGCAUCUUUGAGAAACACGAGAAACCCAAGUAUGUUCUGUGUGUGGCUUUUACAGAGAACGGGGACACGGUGACCGGCGACUCUGGAGGGAACCUCUACAUCUGGGGGAAAGGGGGGAACCGGAUUUGUCAUGCUGUGCCAGGAGCCCAUGAGGGUGGCAUCUUCGGCUUGUGUGUGCUGCGGAACGGGACCAUCCUUACAGGAGGCGGCAGGGAUCGCAGGGUUGUGCUCUGGGGACGGGAUUACCAGAAGCUGCAGGAGAAUGAGGUCCCCGAGGGCUUUGGGCCUGUGCGCACCAUUGCUGAAGGAAAGGGCGAUUCUCUUUUUGUGGGCACCACCCGUAACUCUGUGCUCCACGGGUCCUUGUCUACCGGCUUCUCUCUGCUGGUGCAGGGACACACAGAAGAACUUUGGGGUCUGGCCACCCAUCCUACCCUGGACCAGUUCCUGACCUGCGGGCAAGAUAAGCAGGUUCAUCUGUGGAGUGUGGCCACCCACCAGCCUCUGUGGAGCAAGGGAAUUGAGGAUGCGGCUCGCUCAGCUGGCUUCCACCCCAAUGGUUCGGUACUGGUGGUGGGCACUGUCACGGGCAGGUGGCUAGCGCUGGACACGGAGACCCGAGAUCUGGUGGCCAUUCACACGGAUGGAGGAGAGCCCAUUUCUGUUGUCAGCUUUUCCCCAGAUGGGAAGUAUCUGGCUUUGGGGUCCCACGAUAACUUUGUCUACAUCUACCUGGUUUCUGAGGGUGGCAGGAAAUACGGACGGGUUGGCAAAUGCUCCGGUCACUCCAGUUUCAUCACCCAUCUUGACUGGGCCUUUGACAGCAGCUGUUUGGUCACCAAUUCGGGGGAUUAUGAGAUUCUGUAUUGGGACCCCUCCACGUGCCGGCAGAUCACCAGCGCCGAGGCUGUGCGCAAUCUGGACUGGGCUACGGCCACCUGCGUGCUGGGCUUUGGGGUUUUUGGGAUCUGGCCAGAGGGCGCGGAUGGCACUGAUAUCAACGCCGUGUGCCGCUCCCAUGAGGGGAAGCUCCUGGCAUCUGCCGAUGACUUUGGCAAAGUGCACUUGUUCUCCUACCCCUGUUGCCAGCCGCGGGCCCCCAGCCAUACUAACAGCGGCCACAGCAGCCACGUCACCAACAUCGCCUUCCUCCACGAUGACAGCCUGCUGCUCUCCACCGGCGGGGUUGACACCAGUGUAGAAAAAGAAAGGAGGAAGCGCCAGGGAUGCAACAUUAAGUCCAUGGGGUUCACUAUCAUCCUUGGAGUGACUGAGCUCCACAAGGAGAGCCCCAGUCGAGCAAGCUGA